CAUCUCUCUCUCUCUCUCUCUCUCUCUCUCUCUCUCUCUCCAUGGAUCCAAAUCCAAUAGCAGAACCAACAACAGCAACCCAAAUGGAAGGAGGAGAAGAACAUGAUCCUGAAAACAAUUCCCUACACCAGCCAUUGCUCAAGAGAAGCCCCACCCUCUCUUCCAAUCCAUUAGCUAUUGUUGGAGCCAAGGUCUCUCACAUUGAGAGCUUGGACUAUGAGAUCAAUGAAAAUGAUCUGUUCAAGCAUGAUUGGAGGAGUAGAUCAAAAGUCCAAGUCCUGCAGUACAUUUUCUUCAAAUGGACUCUGGCUUUCCUUGUUGGGCUCCUCACCGGGGUCGUCGCGUCCCUCAUCAACCUCGCGAUCGAGAACAUCACCGGCUUCAAGCUGCUCGCUGUGGCCCGCUUGGGAGAAAGAAAGUAUAUAUCAGGGCUCCUUUAUUUCACGGGUGUGAAUCUAGCACUGACAUUGGUUGCUUCGGUUCUCUGCGUAGUAUUCGCACCAACUGCAGCCGGGCCAGGCAUACCAGAAAUCAAAGCUUAUCUCAAUGGUGUCAAUACACCCAACAUGUUUGGAGCUUCUACGCUCAUCGUCAAGAUCAUAGGUAGCAUUGCAGCUGUGUCAGCAGGCCUUGAUCUAGGAAAAGAAGGCCCACUGGUGCACAUUGGUUCAUGCAUUGCCUCUUUACUAGGCCAAGGUGGGCCCGACAACUACCGCCUGAAAUGGCGAUGGCUGCGGUACUUCAACAAUGAUAGGGACCGAAGGGACCUCAUCACCUGUGGGGCUGCCUCCGGCGUCUGCGCGGCCUUCAGGGCCCCAGUUGGUGGAGUCUUGUUUGCCCUCGAAGAAGUCGCUACAUGGUGGCGGAGCGCUCUUCUUUGGAGGACUUUCUUCAGCACUGCCGUCGUCGUCGUGGUGCUCCGCGGGUUCAUGGAGUAUUGCAAGUCGGGGAAUUGUGGGCUGUUUGGGAAAGGUGGGCUUAUCAUGUUCGACGUGAGCGGCGUGACUGUUAGUUACCAUGCAAUGGAUCUUCUUCCUGUUGUUGUGAUUGGAAUCAUAGGUGGAGUUUUGGGAAGUCUAUACAACUAUCUUCUGCAUAAGGUUCUCAGGCUCUACAGUCUCAUCAAUGAAAAGGGGAAAAUGCACAAAGUUCUACUCAGUCUCGGCGUCUCGCUCUUCACAUCCGCCUGUCUCUACUCCCUCCCAUUCCUGGCCCGCUGCUCGCCAUGUGAUCCCUCCCUCCCCGACUUAGCCUGCCCGACCACAGGCCGCACUGGCAACUUCAAACAAUUCAAUUGCCCCGCUGGAUACUACAACGACCUUGCGAGCCUCCUCCAUUCCACAAACGAUGAUGCGGUCCGCAACAUCUUCUCCACCUCCACCCCAACCGAAUUCCAUCUAGUGUCCCUCCUCAUCUUCUUCUUCCUCUACUGCAUCUUGGGCCUCUUCACCUUUGGCAUUGCCACUCCCUCUGGCCUCUUCCUCCCAAUCAUCCUCAUGGGCUCUGCCUACGGCCGCCUCCUCGGCCUCCUAAUGAGCCCAUACACGAAAAUUGAUCAAGGCCUAUACGCCGUCCUAGGGGCAGCGUCUCUCAUGGCGGGGUCAAUGCGGAUGACAGUCUCACUCUGCGUGAUCUUCCUUGAGCUCACCAACAACCUCCUCCUCCUCCCAAUCACGAUGCUUGUUCUGCUGAUAUCGAAGACAGUCGGGGACACAUUCAAUCCAAGCAUCUAUGAGAUCAUCCUGCAUCUCAAGGGCCUACCUUUCUUGGAUGCCCAUGCCGAGCUGUGGAUGAGGAACCUCAGUGUCGGAGAACUUGCAGCCGCCAAGCCGCCAGUCGUGACUCUCUGUGGUGUUGAGAAGGUGGCUCGGGUCAUCCAUGUCCUCCGCAACACCACCCACAAUGGAUUCCCUGUCGUCGAUCAUGAGGUAGUCCCGCCGGCGGGGUCGCGCAUUGGCAGAGUGACUGAGUUGCAUGGACUAGUCCUGCGAGCUCACCUUGUCGCGGUGCUGAGGAAGAAGUGGUUCUUGAUGGAGAGGAGGAGGACGGAGGAGUGGGAGGUGAGGGAGAGAUUUACGUCUGUCGAUCUGGCGGAGCGGGGACGGACAAUCGAGGAGGUGGAAGUGACAGAGGAUGAGAUGGAGAUGUAUAUUGAUUUGCAUCCUUUCACGAACACGACCCCGUACACGGUGGUGGAAAGCAUGUCGGUGGCAAAGGCGGUCGUGCUUUUCCGGCAAGUGGGCCUCCGCCAUUUGCUGAUCGUCCCCAAAUAUCAAGCGGCUGGGGCAUCACCUGUGGUGGGGAUCUUGACCAGACAAGAUCUAAGGGCCCAAAAUAUCUUGGGUGCCUUCCCUCAUCUAGCUAACAGCAAGAGAAGAGAAAAUGUGAAGGUGGGCCACACCUAGCCACUAAGAUGGCAACAUCAUAUCCUUUUGAUUCUAUCAGCUUUCCAUUCUUUCAUCUCCUUUCAAAGUAAAUAAAAGAGAAAAAAAAAACA